UGGAAGGUCCCCAAGAGUUGCUCCCACUUCUAGUCGACUUCCUGACGGAUAUCCGCUUGCCAUUGGUCGUUACGAGUGACUUCCGGUGGCACCGAUACAAGGACUGCAGUCCUCUUGGAGACUUGCAAGAAUGCGUUUGCUAAGAAGGUGAAUAUUGGGAUAUCAUGUCUUCCACGAGGCUGCUGUCUUCACCCUGUUUCCUUCUCGCAGUGGUACUUCAGCUGCUGCUGACAGCCUACGUGGUGGAUGCCUAUGGGCCCCGUGGCCGCUGUCAAAACCCACGGCUAUCCUUUCCAAAUGGAGUAGCCAAGCUUCGGCAUCGAGGUCGUGUGGUGAAGUACGUCUGCUUGCCUGGAUUCACGCUCGUGGGAAAAGACCUGGCUACUUGCUACAGCGGCCGCUGGGAUAGGCCCAUUCCGUUUUGCGCAGCUGCCGGCUGUCCCAUGCCACCGGCCUCUGCUUUCCGGUAUGGAACCAUAGUGAACGUGGAGAACACCAGCAUGGUCUUGCAGUUUCACUGUCGACCUGGUUACGCGCUCUCUGGCGCUCAGACCACCUACUGCGACGGCCGGGCCUGGAACGCUACUCUGCCUCGUUGCACACCGGUGGAGUUGAAGCCUCAAACUUCCUGCGACUUUGAAAGCCCCGACAUCUGCUCUUGGAACCUGGACCUGGACAGACAGACACAAUUCCGCAGAAAUUAUGUCCAGAAGGACCACACCUUUGGAGGUCUUGGAACGCAGAUCGGUCACGUGAUGUUCUUGGGUAAGGACGCCAGCGCCGCCAACCCAAAUGUACCCGGCCGUAUGGUGUCACCUGUGUUUCGAAGCAUUGACUCUCCUGGAUGCUUCAGCAUGUGGUACCGCAUUCCAUGCACUGGUUGUGAACUACGCCUGCUGCUCUGGCAAGAAUCAGACACGCAAUUAAUCUGGAGUACUAAAGGCCCUGAUGCCACAGAUUGGGUGCAGGCACAGGUUCCGGUGCCCAGCUUGUUUCAAGAUUUUCAGAUCGUCAUAGAAGGCGUCCCCGGAAACACUACGAGGAUUUUUGUGGAUGACGUGUCUUUGGAUCCGAAGUCUCAAGAAUGUACAUCUGCCACUACGUCCGCGUUCUCCACGGAUCAAGCAAUUGCUACCACCGAGGUCAUAUCAGGAUCUGAAUCUACGAAUGGAGCGGCCUCUACCUCGUCGACGGCGCCACCGACCACAUCGUCUAUUACACCACCAGUACCGACGAGACAACAGUAUUCAUCUACGACGUCAUCACCUACUGUUACGACGCCUACAACGGUCACCAGUCAAACUAGAAGCCCCCCUUCUACGCAAGCUCCUCUAAUAUUUAUCAUAGGCACAACGGCAGCCAACGCCACAAAGGCCCAUCCAACGACAGAAACAACACUCUUAACAAAAAAUAUUAGUACGUCGACGACGUACAACCCUACCACAAUGAAGCUAACGGCACCACCUUCCACUCCGGUAAUGUUUAUCUACCCUACCCGUCCAACAACAAGAUUACCAACAACUACAAGGUUUCUAACUACUACAAGGCUACCAACUACUACAAGACUACCGACUACUACAAGACUGAUGACUACUACAAGACUGCCAACUACUACAAGACUACCAUCCACUACAAGAUUACCAACUACUACAAGACUAUCAACUACUCCAAGACCAUUAGUUAUUCCAGACCUAUCAAUAUUUACAAGGCUGCCAAGAACAUCGGCAUUAACCACGGCAAGGUUGACUGUUCCAACCAGUCCACAAACCACAACUAGAACACCAACACCACCACCAACAAGAAAACCUACAACAAAGCCGACACCCGCGACUCAACGGACUACAAUGAGAAAGAUUGCAUUUUUACCUACGCAGUCACCACGAACCACAACCCGGAGAGUAAUUUUUCUCAUAUCGACUCCUGGACGACGAACGCCUACUACAACAAGGCCGACAAGCACUGCGGUCUACACGAGGCGGCCAUGGUUAAGGCCACGAACAACAAGCUUCACCACUGAAGUACCUGCUACGACCACUGAGAAAUACACUACGUUUUUCACGAGGAGACCUGGCUUGAGACCGCGAACCACAACACUUUCCACCGGAAGACCUGCUUUCCCGCGAACAACCACUAUUCGUACUACCACAAGGAAACCACAGCGCACUACUUCACUUCGCCCUUGGUUGCUUCCUACACGUAGUACUACGGCUUCAAGUACAGUGCGUGCGACUACUCGAGCAUCUGUAGUCACUACUAGAUCUCCUACUUCCAAGACAACGACGAUAGGAUCAACCACACGUCGACCUUCCACUUUUCUUACAUCUAAGCGACCUGCCUACACCACAAGAGGAAUAACGCCGUCUACAGCGCCUACGGGGCGAAUAACUACACCUUCGACGACGAUCGCAGGAUCUGUGACGAGAGGUCCUUCCACGACUUCAAAGUCUGAUACUGGAGCAACGACAGACAUUCCAAACGAGCUGCACCCUCUGCCCCGGUACACUUCAGGAAAGCAAGGUAGUCCCGCCGGUUUAAAAGGUGGAGGAUCGUCGUCUCUUGUCGGCGAAAUUAUUGGUGGACUUCUUGCCGCCGCAUUACUUGUUGUGCUAGCUGCGUUUGCUGCGUACAAACUACGAGCAAGAGCGAGACAGCGACGCAGUGAUGAAUCCGAGAUGAGUCCGUUGUCGCAGUACGAACAGGUGGACCCGUCCUUCGAACAGGAAUAACCGUGUAUUUACCCAUAUCGAAUACGAGAGACGAUAUCGGUACCGGUACAUCUGGCUACGGCCAGUGGCUCGCGGUGGUGCACCUCAAAACAAUCUUCUUCCAAGUAAUCAGGGUGUUGCCAUCAUGAGCGAUGUGUUGGGACAUUUCCUUACCGCUAUUGAUGCCCCCCUCACAAGGAUCAGGGUACGUGAAACAGUGCUGCGAACAAGGUGCGUAGCUGCUGCUCCGUAUCUGGGACUCGAUUCCUACAAGUCCCAUGAAGCUGGAAAUCACCGUUUCGCACGAGUGCCACGAUCCAGUCCCGAAGAAUAGUCAUCCAUUUUUGUCGAUAAGAUUACCAAUUGUCAACAUGGAAGAGCGACAUUCCACUUAACGGGACUCCGAUUUCCCAUGCUAGUAUUGAUAAUCUGCACCUUUUUUUUCUUUUUUUUUUUACGCCGAGUGUCGAGUGAGGAUGCGACGUCUGCUCUUGCAGCGUCCUAAUCCGCAGUGAGGUGAUACCUGCUGUACUCUUUAAUAUGAAGAGAUGAGGGGCCAUGCAUCCUGUUGAAGUCUUCUUAAUAUGAUCAUUCUCUGACUCUGGCUCUUUUCUUCCAAGGUGCUAUAACACGUGCUAUGCACUGCUCGCGGCAUACUUGUCUGAAAUCGACAUCUGUCCUGUAUAUCCUGUCUGGAGUCUGCAGGUGUUGUAAGAUUGUUUCUUCUGACUAAUGGACUCAUACGUAACACUGCUCACCAUGAAACACAAUAAUGGUACAGCUCCUUCAAGGGAAGAUACUUAGAGAUACUCAAGAUACUUAUCAGACAAGUGUGUCGUAAGCAGUACCUCCUUUUUAAUCUCUCACUACGUUCUAAGUGAUGCUUCUGUCCACCUUAAAGUGCCACAGCGGUCUAAAAAAAAACAGCUUUUCCUGUUAUUUCAUAUUAUAAGUCAACCUCAUUCAAAGACUCAGUAAUAGUUAGAAUAGUUAGUAAUAGAUGCCGUUAGUGAACGUUACGGGCUUCCACGAAUUUUUGAAAAGAACACGCAAAACCUCAUAGUUUCGGAUUCUCCAAGAGUAGGUGACGUCACUAGGAGAUCCGCCGUCUGGCAACAGCGCGCGCAACUCCCCCGUCUUCGCCCUCCGCGCCACGUUGGAGGCGUGACAGCAGCUGUGGUGAGGAGACGUAAACCUUGAGGAAGCAAUAGUGAGUUUGAGUGCAUAGUACGCUAUCGCCUUUGCGCACGUAAAGUAUCGCGUUGGUGCUUCUGCGCACUCGCAAAAAAUAGUGCUCUGCGUAUUACGCAGAACCAUCACGUUAUACCUUACGUACUCAAAGGCGAUAGCGUACAAUUCUCUAAAUCUCACUAAUAUUGAUUGAUUGAUUGAUUGAUUUGCAAAAGAAAAAAAAUUGAGGUGUUAGUCUCGAGCCACUCGUGACUGGCUACUCCAGGACGCGAUUGCUUCACAUAAAAUUCACGCGUUAUGAAAUAAUGCACGCCGUUGUUAAUGGCAUUACUGAACGAGGCUAUUCCGGCUCUCCCCUUUACAUAUCCCCGCUAGCAUCUCGUCCGGGCGAUGGCCUGCCUUACACUGAACGCACUCAGCUAGGUCUGUAUUCUUGCGUCUUUUCCAACGAUCGUCUUAGAAAGCGGUCGUUAGAGAGUACUUUGGGUUCCUCGUUAAAAUAUUUAGGACUGCAUGCAUCCCAUUGGUUGCUAACGUUACUGGUAUACAUCGCUGCCACGUGUACAUUUGUCUGGUUAUGUAUAUGGCUGCUGCAUUUAUACUGUUGCGAGAAAGCCUAUUUUGAACGCUGUUGUGAUGUCCAAAUUUGUUAACAUGGGGCACAAUAAAGUCCUUUCAAGACCAUACGUGCUA